AUGGCGUCACCGACUAUACUCUUCAAUAAUUUAGUUAAAGAAGGAGAAAACUGCUACAUCGAUGCUGUAUCGCAGGGCUACCUUUGGAUGGAAGUGUUGUUAGGCCUCAACAGACCUAAAAUAUCAGCGUCAUCGGUUAAAAACUUAAUUUUGAUGUGUCUUGCGGUAGCUUUAUCGGUUCUCACUGUACCGUAUGAAUGGUACAUGUUCGACAAACUUAUCAGUUCACUGAUGCUGUUGCCUGUUCGUCUUCUGUUUCUUAUUGAUAUUCAUUUCUACGGACACCUGCUGAGCCUGCUUGUUCCGCGACUCCGAUUGAUAAAUUAUUAUAUGAAAAUGUCAUUAAGCCACCACAAUAAAGUAGUGGCACCAAAAAUUGAGGAACUGACAUUCAAGAGUGUUAUUUUGGAUUCGCAAAAUUGUCAAAUGAAGAAACUGAUGGAUCUUUAUUGUAUGAUAAUCAACGCGUAUGAUAUUCUGAUUGAUGCUAUCAAGUGGCAGUUUGUAAUGGUGUUAACUGCGUUAUUUAUCUCCAUUCUUAGCUUUUCGUACAGCACCGCUUUGAUGGUAAUACGUAGCGAAAGAGCUUUCAGCAACGUGGCGAUAGAGUCGGCGUUCCACUGCAUCCGACUGUUUCCUCUUUUCGCCCCGUGCGUGUUCGCCGACCAGAUCCAAGAGGAAGUGCGUCGCCUGAGAGAGCUGCUGGCUUCUAGGCUCUACGAGAACAAACUAAACAAGCCGGGUCGAAGCGUGGCGCGAGCGCUUCUCUCCCUCACAGAGGCGCGCGAUUUAUCCUUCUCACUGCUACAAGUCUUCGAUAUCGAUAUCUCUCUCCCUUUCAAGUUCAUGGGACUGCUUUUGACUUAUCUUAUCAUUUUGCUGCAGUUUGAAAAAGUUAUUAACCCUUAA